AGGAUAACUUUCCACCUCAUCAUCUCCACUGCUCGUGCCUCCUCUCUGAUCUCGCAAUGGCGGCGGCGGCGGCUGCUCCACCACGAAGGCAACAGGAACUGUUCACAAUCAAGUUUACCCAGGCUCUUGCCUGUGAAUUUGUAGCCACCGUGAUCUUCAUUUUCAUUGCCCUGGGCUCAGCCUUCAAGUGGCCCUUACAGGUGCCCAGUGUCCUUCAGAUCUCCUUCGCCUUUGGCCUCACCAUCGGCACCUUGGUUCAAGCAUUUGGUCAUGUCAGCGGCACGCACGUCAACCCAGCAGUGACCAUCGCCUACUUUGUAGGGAACCAGAUCUCUCUCGUCCGCUCGGUGCUCUAUGUGGUGUUACAGCUGUUGGGAGCCAUCACAGGUGCAGGAAUCCUCUACUCCGUGACACCCAAAGACGUCCGCGAUACAUUAGCCCUCAAUGACCUCAGCUACGGCACAAACCCUGGUGAGGCACUGGUGGUGGAAAUCAUCCUAACCUUCUCGGUUGUCAUGUGCAUCUUCGCUGCCACUGAUAGACGCAGGGCGGAGAACAGGGGCAAUUCAGCAUUGUCUAUUGGACUGGCGGUCACCAUGGCUCACCUCAUUGGGAUUUAUUAUACUGGCUGCUCCCUGAAUCCAGCUAGAUCCUUUGGACCUGCUGUCAUAAUGGGAAAAUUCAGUGGGGCUCACUGGGUCUUCUGGUUGGGACCCAUCUUUGGUGCCAGCGUGGCCUCUGUCAUUUACAACUAUCUUCUGUACCCUGAGAAACUGAGCAUAGGUGAGAGGCUGGCUAUUGUUCGAGGGUUCGUUCUUCCAGAAGGUGAAGGGAGAAACACAUCCGGAACUAACUCUGAAAGACUCUGGACCUGAGCCUGUGGUGGGUUACUUACCAUGCCCAAAUGAUUCUAAUGACAGCCACACAAUUUGCUACAAUACUGUAGAACGCUGAGAAGUAACAUCCAGCCAUUGCAAAGGAAACAGUGUGAGUCAUUUGAGUUUAAAUAGUAACCCACUGGCAUGGCAACCCGUAGUAACUGACUGGCAUGGUUCUCCACAUGCCACACUCAAACAUUGUUAUGCACAUUGGGUGUGAUGUUUGUGCAUGGAAGUAUGAACCUUGGCAUCGCCUCUAGCCAAAAUUCAGGUUUGCCCAGUGCAAUGGUUUAUAAUUGCUAUUCCAGGAGGGGCAGGAUGCUUAAUCUCCUUGGCCCAUCAGCCAGAGUUUACUAAGACUUCCCCCGUCAAGCAAGAGGCCCUACGCACUGGGUGUCUGCAUCUAAACCCUUCCCCCAUCUAGUUCUGCCAGCUGCCUUUGACUACAACUACCAUUGCUGAGCAUCAACACCAAGUGUCAGAGAAAGGAGAAGCAAUUGGCUGUUGCCAGAAGAGCCAAGCGUGGAAAGCUGCAUAAAUUCAUGAUAGUACACAUUACUCUCCUUGACUUCUACCCAUUUCCUCAUUUCAGAAGUCACUCACCAGGUGGUAGCUUCCUGGCAGGUGGGUCACUGUUGCUUACUGAGAGGAAGGGGGAAGGCAGUGGGGAGGUUGGCACACGACAAACACACUGCCAGCAUAGAAUCAUAGAGUUGGAAGAGACCACAAGGGCCAUCCAGUCCAACCCCCUUCCAAGCAGGAAACACCAU